UCUGAAGAACACAAAUAUAGAAAUUUGGUUAUAUGUGAUUGAUCUUUAAAAAUAAACUUACUCGUUUAGUUUAAAAAGAAAAGGAACAUUUGGUUUGGUAGGUCUAAGCAACGUGUUUGAUUAGAGGAGCUAUUCGUUUUCUAUACCAGCUACAGUCUUAAGAGAAUUGAAUCAUUAUUACAGUAGUUUAUAUAUGUUUAUACAAAUAAACUACUGUACUCAAAACUUCUGGCUAUGAUGAUUUUAUGAUUAAUGGACAAACUGUUUCGACAUUUGCACUAAGUACUAGAAUCCAAGUUAUCAUUUUUAAGUGUUUCUGUAUCAUGAAAACAAGUGUACAGUAUAUAAUGUGUAUCUAUUUGUGUAUCUAUUUGAAUGCCUAGAUUGUACCCUAACUCUAGUUUUGCACCUUGAAUAUGUAAUUUUCACAGUUACAUUAACACUUGGGCAAAGCGUGGAAGUAUUUUAACUUUUCUACGUGAAUGUGCUGUGUAUGUUUUUUUCAUAACUUUCCAAUAUUUUUCUGGUCAUGUUUACAGGUCAUGGCAAGACUGACCUAUCUAUCACUGCUGCUGGUCCAGGUGUUCAGCUGUUCCUCAGAAGAUCCAAACAUAGAUUGCCCUGCUAACUGCAUAGUUGACAGUUGGAACUGGACACUUCAAUGUUUUCAAACCAGCACAGAGCCUGACACACUGAUGGUUGUGGGUCAGACAUUGGAUCACUGUAUGCCUGGGAACAGCUUUAAUAUGUACAAAACUAGCUGUUUGUCUUUUCAGGUAAAUGGAGGACCCAAAAUAAAACUGACCAACAUAAAACCUGACACUGCUCAGAAGUGCAACAGCAUAUCCACUCCAGCUGUCAGUGGAAAUCAUUGUGACAAAAAUCUUACUAAGAGCACGUGUAUUAACUUUACACCAGGAGAGAAAAUAUGUAUCUCCUUGGGAUCUAAUGGGAAGGGAAGGAUGGAAUUUAACUGCACUCAAGAACACCCAGGCAGUAUCUGUAAUGGCACGGAUCUGCAGUUCAACUCAGUAAACAAAACUUGGAUUGAUGCAUUGGAGCACUGUCGGCAAGACAAUUCCUCCUUGGUUGAAAUCUACAAUGACACAGUCGAUAUUGAAGUUAAAAAUUUGCUGCAAAAUAAAACAGAGUCACACACAGGGGUGUGGGUUGGCCUGGAACGAUCCAUUUUUGGCAAAAAUCCUGAAUGGAAAUGGAUUUCAGGGUCAAAGGUUUUAUAUUCUCAGUGGAACAACAGUUUUCCUGUAAACUCCUUAAACAACCACUGUGGAAAGAUCAUCACAGUUAAUGAGGCAAAACAAAUCAAGUGGCUGGAUGCAAACUGCCAUAAAAAACUGCCAUUCAUCUGUCAACGUCUGAAAAACAACAUUUGCUCUACUAAAGCACCUACUCUGAAUCCAGUGCUUUGCAUUGACAUCGACAAGGAUAGUUGCUAAUAAAUGAAUCGAGAACAGGAUAUACUACAUCUCCCUGGUCACACUGAGAUGAAAUUCCUGAGGAAACAGAUGAAUGACCCAACAUAUCCAGUGUGUAAAUACUCUCUUCAAGCUACUGUUGUGUUUCACAGGAAAACUAUUUUGGAUGUCAUUAUUUUUAAUAGUUUGUAUUAUUGUAGGUUCUUUACCUUAAAUUACAAACACCUUGAGACAAGUGCUGUUGUGAUUUGGCACUAUGUAAUUAAACUGAACUGAAAAUAGAAUUAUUUGUGACAGAUUUUAGACAUGCCAUAAACCUGGGAU